AUGGCCACUGGUAGCUUCCAGUUGACUAUUGCUGACACUUUUGACGUUUCACAACAACUUGUGAGCAAGUGCACAGCCAAAAUAGUCCGAGCCAUAGCAUUUCUGCUACAAGAUUAUGUGAAACGACCAUCGAGAGAACAUUUUUCUAACAUCAGGAAUUAUUAUUUUGAAAUGUCUGGUUUUCCUGGGGUAUUGGGUGCAGUUGACUGCACACAUAUUCAUAGUCCUGGAGGUGCUAGAGCAGAAGAGUUCAGGUGUGACUCAGCCUAUCCACUGCUACCAUUCCUCCUCACCCCAGUGGCAAAUCCUGUUGGCCAAAGAGAAUUCAGAUGCAAUAUAUCACAUUCCAAAGCACGAAAUACCAUUGAAAGAGCAUUUGGUGUUCUGAAAAUGAGAUUCAGGUACCUCACCAUUCCUUGA